ACACUGACAGGGGAACAACCUUGGGGGAGGGGAGGAUGCUGUCAGCACAACCCAGGAAGGGAGGGUGUGAGACAAGUCAGUUACCGGGAACUGAGUGAAACCAAACCAGCCUGGGCUUCAGGAGCACUGGUGCCCACUGCUUGCUGGCUUCUCUUUCUUGAGCUCAGAGGACCCAGGAGUGUGGAUCACCAGCCCCUUCAUCGCCCUGGACCUGGAAACCCAGCAUGCCCCCCAUGGAACCCUGUCGGUCCCUGGCCCUCCUCUCUGGCUCCCUGGGCCUUCUAUCUGUCCUGGUUGCUCUGAGCACGGAUUUCUGGUUCGUGGCCAUGGGGACCACAUCAUCUCACUCGGGCCUUUGGCCAAAAGAGCAUCAGGACCCAGUAGCAGGCUACAUCCACGUGACUCAGGCCUUCAGCAUUCUGGCUUCCCUGGGGGGUUUGGUGUCCGUGAGCUUCCUGGUCCUGUCCUGCAUCCCCUCACUGUCUGUCCCGGGCCGUGGGCCCCUGGUCUCGUCUGUCACAGCCUUGGCUGCAGCCCUCUUCGUGAUGGUGGCCAUGACGGUCUAUACCCUUGAGCGGUGGAACCAGCCUCUAAAUCCCCAGAUCCAGACGUUCUUCUCCUGGUCCUUCUACCUGGGCUGGGUUUCAGCCCUCUUCUGGGUCUGUGCAGGUGCCCUGAGCCUGGGUGCUCACUGCAGCGCCCCCCUUCCUGGCUACGAAGCCGUGUGAGCUGAGGGCGAGAAUAGCAGGACGGGUUUGGAGCACUGUCCUCUGAAGGCAUCGCCAGGAGCCAUGGGAUUACACGAUGCCCCCUCCAGCCCUCACCCCCAGCCCUCCCGCAGCCCCCUGCAUUUGUUUCUUCAUCUAUUCAACAAAAAUUGGCCGAGAUCUGGUUAUUCCAAGAUUAAUUCAAUCACGACAUAAGCCAACCAUACGCCAGCUCCAUGGGAGGUGACACCAGAGGAGUCAAGCCUCCCGCCAGCCCUCAGGGUGCUCCCGGCCAGUGUGGGGACCAGUGUGGACUCAGGCACGGCCCCAGGUCCCUCUCCCUUCUCUGCCCUUGUCUCUCUCCCUGUCUCCAUCUCUCUUCUUCGCCCUUCCUUCUCUUUUCCUCCCUGUCUUUCUCAUUUUAGCUCUUUCCUUCCUGCUCCCUCGCUGAUGUUGUCACCCUCGCCGUCACCCUAGUCCUCCUUGCUCAUUUCAUUCAUUCAUUCAUUCAUUCCUUCCUUCCUUCCUUCAGUUGGUUUUUCCUGACCACAUCCUUUCCGCUGGGCCUUGCUGGGAUGCGGACAUGAGUCAGACCUGGGCCUUGCCCACCAGGGGCUAAAAGUCUGGUGGGGGCAGGUGGCUAAUACAGGCCAGACAGCAGAGAGGGCGCGGGAGAAAGACUGUCCCCGUCAAAGAGGGUGGAGGUGAGCUUUCUGGGGAGAGGGUGUUUAGCGACUUCUCGAGAGCCAAGGAAAGGUAAUCCAGGCAGAGGGACCCAAAGGUGGAGGCGUGGAAUGGCUGGAAGUUUUUGGAGGAUGGAGAAUCAUGCUUUGUGGCCGGAAUGAACUGGGGGUGGAGGAAAAUGAGGAUAGGGGGUUGGGAGGGGCAGGGCCUCUAACACCACACUUGACUCUCUCGUAAGGGUGGUGGGGAGCUAGCAGAAGGUAGUGAGCAGGAAGAGAGUCAGCGUCAGCUCCAGAUGCCAGAAAGACUCCUCUGGGACGUGCCGGGAGGCCAGAAUGGAGAGAGAAGCUUGGCAAUGCAAUAGGUGGGAGAGGAGACAGGAAAGGCCUGACUUGGACCAGGGCAUGGGAUGGAAAAGAAGGAGUGAGCCAGAAAGAUUUGGGGACAGGAGGAAGCAGACUUGGGGAUCCCAGGGCUUUGUGGGGGUGGCAGGAAGGAAGGGGGCAAGGAUAGCACCCAGGGGUCUGACCCGACGAACUGGGUGGGAUGGUGGGGUCAUCCCUGGCUUGGUGGAAGAUGCUGAGCUCAGCUGGGAGGUGGUCUAGCGUCAGGCGUCUGGAAGACAUUCAGAAGUGAGGACUCCAGUCUAAGGCUCGGGAGAGAGAUCUGGGCUGGAGAUGGAGUUUGGGAUGCCGCAGAGCAUCAGUGACCCCCGGAGCUGCAGGAGCGAGGAGGCUCACCUGGUAAGAAGGUGGAGGAUGGAGCCUCAAGGAAAACUGGCAUUGAGAAGUAAAGGGAAGGAGGAGGAGGAGCUGGGAGGGCACAGUCAGAGAGGGAGGAGAAGCUUCUAGGACACGGUCUACCAUGCCAUGGCCCUCAGGCUCCCCACAGACCGGCUCCCAUCCAACUCUCAGCUGUCACUUUGCUAGGAGAGCUGCCUCGGUGUGUGUGUGUGUGUGUGUGUGUGUAUGGGUGGGUGGGUGGUUAUCUCUUUAAACGGCUGCUGCGACAGAUGGUUCUGGAACUCCUGCUGCCUCACAGAGACCCAGUCUCCCUUCCCCCACCCCUCUGUGCUCUGUGUCUAAGAGGCCCUGGGAGCUGGGUCUAAGUCACUUAGGUAGGUGUGUGUGGGGGUGGG